AUGGCCUGUCUCGGUGGCAGCCUUUCAGCCUUGGACCUCCGGUUUGCCUCUCUUGAGGAUGAGGGGAAUUUCCUGGCUUUGCUGGCAGAGAGACGGCGGCUCCAUACUUUGGUCAGCGGAAUCUCGGUGGCAGCUGUCUGGCUCUAUGUGCAACUCGUCUUGGCCGAAGUCCUGGACCUCAGAACGUGGCUCACUCUCUGCAGUGCUCUGGCCUGGCUUCUGGCUGCAGUCGCGAUGGCCGUGCCACUAAAGUCCAAACUCUGCAUCAACCAGGAGUGGAUUUGGGUGCCCUUGGCAUCUUUCUGUUGUGCCCUCAUGGCACAGCCGCGCUCCGAAGAAAAUGGCCCGUCGAGGCUUGGCCUCGUGUCUGUGGCCGUGAGUGCGACUGCCAUGCUCCCUCUGAGGAGUGCCGUUAGCUGGUUGGUCUAUGUAGUGGCUGUCUUGUCCUUCGUCUUAGGCUCUUUUGACUCUGCGGUUCCCAGUCCGGCUGUUGUCGGGGCCGAUAGUGUCGCCCUGCUGCUGGUGGCGACGAGCUUCUACCACGCAGGUUGGUGUCGCGAGGUCUACGCACGCGGCUCCGCAGUGUCGGAGGAGCUCCUCGAGGCUGAGGCCCCCGGCAAGGCCCUUCCUCCGGAAGACUUGCAGUCCGACGAGGAGAAUCCGGAAAAGGAGCCCGUGGAGGUGCCGGACCAUCUGGUCCUCCGCAUCGCCGGCGACCUGACCAUCCUGCCGUGCAGCAUUGCAGAGCACCGAUACUUCGGGGCGGAUCCUACAGGGAAGUCAUUGCUGGAUUAUUUGGCCUCGGAAGAUCACCACUCAGUCUUGCUGCUUAUCCGUUCUGAACUGUGGCACUCGAGAAGCAUCAUUGUCCGCAUUCAGCUGGCUUCGCGGCACGAGUCACUGCGUCUCCGCUUGCUUCAAACGGGUGCAGCAGAACCGGCCUGGUUAGCUUUCCUCUCGGCAGUUGAUGCUUCCACUCGCAUGCAGGCAGUCUUGCCAUCUGUACCGGAUGACGACUGUCAGAGCAUUGCAAGUCAGAGUAUAGCUAUCUCUGCCGGGCCCACGAGGCAUACGAAGCGAUCGCUGUCUCAAAAGUCCAUGCGCUCUAUUCGUUCGAUCGAAGAGCAUUCCAGCCCCAGGCUCCACUUGCAAGGAGGCGAGAAUCCUCCAAGCCCGUCCCUGCGCAUUCCGAUCUUCCAAUCCAACGCCAGCCUGGGCGAGGACAGGAGGGGGGACGCUUCACACAGCAUCUUUAGCAUUUCGGCUUGCAGUUGGUCCUUCUCCACGGAUGGGUACAAGGGCCUGGCGCCAGUGAGGUCCACCAGCGAGGGGCAAAGCCAGACGGAGCUGGUCUGGAACGACCUGGGCUGGCAGUGCCGGAAUUGUGCGAAGCCACCGAAGCCGCCGUCCACGCCGCCCGAAGCCAUGGCAUACAUGGCGCCCAGUGUUAUAGGCAAAGUCAGAUCGAGGAAUUCCAAUGGCAAGAAUCAAGCUUACCGAGCAUUGUCCCCGGAAGAGAGGCGAAAUGACCAGCUUUUGCGAAUGCAAGGCUGUUGGGUGCUAUGCGAUGGUCCCUCCAAAAUGGUGGGCUGGCUUCACGGUUUUGUCAUUACAGGAGAGCAAGUGCGCACCACCCAAGGAGCAACACUGCUGCAGUACGACGAGCAUUGCAACAUCCUGCUGGCUGGAGGAUAUUUGUCUGUCGACGAGAAUGAUAACCUCCAGCGCAACGGCAAGAGUGGCGGUCAGUAUUUGUACGUUCGUGUAAAUGAAGGAGAUCUGAACCGGUGCAUGCAGCCCAAGCGGAGCUCCUCUCUCAACUCCAUGGUAUCUGCAGUUCCUGCUCCAGGCACCAGCCGCUUCACGCCAGGUGGCUCGGGAGGCAACUGGCAAGGCAAAGAUGUGGAGUGUUGGAGCUCCCCAGAGGUGCAAGCCUUCCUAGCAGCGGUGCUACCAGGCCAUGCAGCAGCGGCAGCCUUGGGUCAUUGCAGUGGCAAGGUGCUUGCCACGUUGUCAAAAGAAGACCUUCGCCGACAGGCCAAAGACGAGGAAGCCGCAAACGUGAUAUUUGCCGAGCUCGCGCGGAUUAAGCAGGUCCAGGACCACGUCAGCCAGAUCAAUGCAUCUGGCGCACAGCCGUUUCAGCUUCACAUACGAACGCCGGCGGACGUGGUGCUGCAGCUUGAGGUACAUCCGACUGACACCAUCAGUCAUGUCAAGGCGCGGCUGGCAUCGCUGGAAGGCACUCCUGUGGAGCGCCAGAGGCUCGUCCUCCAAGGCAGCCCGUUGCUAGACAGCCGCAGCCUGGCGUCUUGUGGCAUCGGCGAGUCGACGGUGCUGCUGCUGGUGCCCAGACUAAACCAGUCGGGCGCCCGCAGCUUUGCCCCGGCAACCGUUCCGGCCCCACCGAAGCCUCUCGCCGGCACGCCGCGGCCCCGAGUGCCUCUGGUGUGCACAGACAUCACGCGACCUUUUCCGAUGAGCUUGGAGUUUAUAAGCAUUGCAGAGUAUCAGUCCUUUAUGCUGGCCAUACAGCGGCAG